AUGCUCCUGCGAAAAGCGCAGACUAAAAAGAAAUCCUCAACUGGUAUAUCUACUGGUUCGUUAUUAGACAGUAGUUUAACAUCAAUAGAAUGGCUACCAAAUAUGCAAAUCGGCGAAAAUUCAUCAUCAUCAUCAGCAGCAGCAGCAACAACAGCUGCAACGACAAUAUCACCACCUAUUAAACAAUCAGUACCUACGACAACAUUUGUUCAACAUAAAAUUGAAGCAACUGAAAUUGAAACACCGACAAGCACUUUUCAUGAAAAUAUUCAUGUUAAACCUCCGUAUAGUUAUGUUACAUUGAUUCGACAGGCCAUUCUCAGUACGAGAACACGACGAAUGACAUUAAAUGAAAUUUAUCAAUGGAUUACUGAUUCUUAUCCGUAUUUUCGCAACGCACCACCAAAAUGGAAGAACUCCAUUCGUCAUAAUUUAUCGUUAAAUAAAUGUUUCAAAAGACUACAACGAAGUACAAAUGAUCCUGGAAAAGGUUCGUAUUGGGCAGUCGAAGAAGCUUGUGAAAGUAACAAUCAAAUGCAUCAUCGAAAAAGAAAAUCCGAAGACACACAACCAUCUCCGCAAAUAUAUCCUUCAUCGCCAGUUACUUUAAUUCAACAACCACCUGGUAUCUAUACGCACAAUAAUCCUAUGAUAUGUGGUGAUAUAAGUAGUGUUGAAGGACAAUCAUCAUCAACUGAUGAAUCAGAUUCAAGAAUGUCUAUCACAGCACAUUCUGCUCUAAUGCAAUUGGAUGAUUUGAAUGCUGAGUUAACUGCUUCGUUUCGUCUUUUUCAACAGCAAAUCUUAGAAAGUUCAACAUCCGCAUUUGGACAAAAUUUAGAUGGAUCAUUAAUAAAUUCUAAUAAUAGAAAUGAUUGGACUUCUGAUUUAUUUCCUAAUGGUGAGUCGAAUAGUUUCUUUCAAAGUAUAAAAAUAGCAUCAAGCGGAGAAAUAAAUUGGAAUGAUAUUGAUGUUAAACCUUAUUGUGAAUUCCUGGAUGACUUUUUAACGAAUUCAACAUUACACGAACAAGAUCGAGAUAAACUGAUUGAUCUUGCUUCGUCACUUUCAUCCUUCUUCGAUUAUACUGGAAUAACAAGUUUAGCACGAUCAAAAAAACCAAAUGAAUCGUUUGCACAAAUUCGACCAUCGGUUAUAUCAAAUAGGGCAACAUUGGAAUCAAAUAACACUCUUCCAGUGGUAAUGGAAGAAGAGCCAGCAUUCGAUUGGGAUUCGAUAGCAUAA